AUGUCUGCCGAAAAGAAGCCCAAAAAGAAGAAGCCCGAGUCCACUCCAGUAGAGACCAAUGGAAGCGAAGCCAAACCCAAAAAGACCAAGAGCAAGAAGAGCGGAGAUCUGUCGGCUGAGAGCAGCCCGGCCACUCAGAAUGGAGAGAAGGUGAAGAAGAAGAAACUUGAGAAGGAAAAAGAAUCAACAGAGAAGGAGAAAGAAUCCAAAAAGAAAGCGAAAAGUGCCCCAAAGAAGAAGAAGAGUUGUACAGAAGAUGAUGACGAUGAUGAAGAGGACGAUGGGGAGACCGCUCCUCAGAAGAAGACGAAGAAAAAGAUUUCAAAAGAAAGUUCUGAUGGAAAAGAAAAAGAGAAGGAAAAAGACAAGAAGUCCAAAUCAAAAGACGUCAAAGAGGAUGCAGACAGUAAAGGAAAAUCUAAAGCCAAGAAAAAGGAGCCGGCCUCCAUGUUUCAGAUUAAUGGAGACAAGUCUGAAACCAAGAGUAAAAAGAAAGCUGCCAAAUCUGAGAGUGAAGAUGAGAGUGAACCAGAAACCAAAACCAGCAAGACGAAGAAGAAGAGCAGCUCAAACCCAGCGUCCAUGUUUCAAACAGGAGGAGACAAAGACAAGGACAAGGACAAAAAGACAAAAAAGACCAAAAGUCCUGCUAAAGCAGAAGAGACUGAAGACUCUGAUUCAGAAGUGACACAGAAAAAGAAAAAGGGCAAAGGGAAAAAAGGCAAAAAGGAGGAGCGAGCACCUUCUCCUGUCAUCGAGUUUGACAAUCUGGAGGAGUUUGUACUUCAACCCGCACAACAAGGCGUCACGGUAAAGUGCAAAGUGACCCGUGACAAGAGAGGGAUGGACCGAGGCCUUUACCCAACUUACUACCUGCACCUGGAUAACGAGAAGAAAGUAUUUUUGUUAGCGGGAAGGAAGAGGAAAAAAAGCACAACCUCAAACUACUUGAUCUCCAUAGACCCCACUGACCUCUCCAGAGGAGGGGAAAACUUCAUUGGGAAGCUGAGGUCUAAUCUGAUGGGAACUAAGUUCACAGUGUUUGAUAAUGCACUGCAUCCAGACCGAGCUCUGCCGGACAUGUCUAACGCUCGGCAGGAAUUAGCAGCCAUUAUCUAUGAAACAAAUGUUUUGGGCAUGAAAGGACCGAGACGAAUGAUUAUAGUUAUUCCUGGCAUGACCAAAGACGGUGAACGAGUCCCCAUACGACCACGUAGUGACAAUGAUGGCCUCCUCAUGAGACAUCAAAACAGAAAUAUGGAAAACUUGAUAGAGCUACGCAAUAAGACGCCAGUGUGGAAUGAAGAAACGGCGUCACAUGUGUUAAACUUCAAUGGCAGAGUCACGCAGGCCUCCAUCAAAAAUUUCCAGAUUGUGCAUAACAAAGACCAGGACUACAUUGUGAUGCAGUUUGGGAGAGUUGCAGACGAUGCUUUUACUCUGGACUACAGUUAUCCUCUGUGUGCCGUACAAGCCUUUGCCAUCGCCCUCUCCAGCUUUGAUGGCAAAAUCGCCUGCGAGUAACAGCGCAAAGACGUCCUGCUGGUCUCUUUCUGUGAUUUUGUCACAUGCAGCAUAUGGGAAACGUUCUCACUCAGCAUCAGCUCAAUUCUAUACGAGAAGACCGAAACCCAUACAUCUGUAAAAUAAAGCCACCAUUGCUUGUCUGGUUGCAUGAUGUUACGUGCCGUAGAGAGAUCUGUUGGUAAUAUCCUCUUAUAUGGACUAAGGUCAAAUAAUGGUUGUACAAUGGAUGUAUUGGAGAAAGAAGGAAGUGCGUUGAGAUGUUUGAUUUGAGAGUGUGAAAGAUGCAAAUGACCCUCUUAAAAAUAAAUGGUUCCAUGAAAAACCUUUAACAUUCAUGGAACCUUUCCAUUGGUCAAAAGGUUUUUUAUGGCGGAAAAAAGGUUCUUCAAUGUUCUUCACACUAAGGAAAAAAUGGUUCUCCUCAGAACUGUUCACCAGCAGAUUCUUUGGGGUACCAAAAAUAGCAGCAUCGCUGCGAAAACCCCCUUUUGGAACCUUUAUUUUUAAGCGUGAGGUCACAUUAGAUGUGGUAUGUGCUUGAAAAAGGAAAAAGAAAUAGACUGUGUUGUAUUUUUUGGUUGUAUACAAUAUAAUUAGGAAAAUUGUAUUUUAAUAUUGUCUGCUUCACAUUUUAGCAAACCGGGUUAAAAACAGUGUUACAUAACCUAAUGACAUAAAUAGAAAAGGCACGGUUUAAAAAAUAUAUAUUGUAUGUAUUAUUGGAAGUCGUGUAACGUUUUGUGUGCGUGUAACUGUGUAAAAAUUCUUGUCCAAGAGAAAGCAAGCAACAAAGGGGGUGUCUGUGCAAGUGUGCCGAAAGCUCGAGAUUAAAGCAAGGUCCAGAUUUAUCUGAGCUGAUAGUAAAUUUCAGAUUUUUGCACAUGCAAUAUCAUUGGCACGACUGAUGCUCAGAGAAUGUCAAACAUCUCAACCACUCAUGCAGUUUCUUGCUUAAGCAAAAAUGAUCUGGAAUAAUAUGUGUAAUUUCUGAAAUAAUUCCAUGAUCACAGAUGUGUGUUUGGGGUUUAUUUUGUUUUGCCUUUUUACAUGUCAUUAUAGUUUAUGAUUACUUGACUUCUGUAACAUAGGCUCUAUUUGAUAAAAACCCAUAACUGUCUUAAUGCGUGCAGACAAAAGUAAAUCAAAUUAGACAUGUUCUUCCGUUUUUACUCAAUGUGAAUGUAGGAAGGAAAAUGCAAUAUUUGAAAUGAAAUAAAAGUGUUUGUAAAAA